CGGUACAUCGCAUCCGCGCAACCACGGCUCGCUUUACCGUGCCGUGUGCGAAACUACGUGUGGCUGUGUGCGUGCGUGCGUGCGUGUGUGUGUUAUGCGCACGCAAUUUUUUGUUUGACACUGUCAAGACGAAUUAUACAACUCCAUCCGCGUGCGGCGAGCGGUUCUUGGCGGGGACGCGUUGAAGAACCUUUGCACGCCACAGGUGUUUGCGUUGCUGCAGAUCACGUCCUGCCAAAGUGCACCAGCUGCACUUUUGGCAUCUGCUGCAACCAUGUGCUUGUGCGUGCGUGUGUGUGUCGGUAAUCGUAGUAGUAGUAGUGGUGGGCAGCAAUUACAUCAGCAUUACCAACCAGCAGCGACGGUGCGGUGCGAGAGAGCUGGCCGGACUAUUUUGACAGAUAGCAUUUGUUUGUUUACAUUCGCAUUCGCACUGGCCGGCUGUGAUUAUGUGACGGCGAAAAGGAAGAAAUGUGCAAAAGAUUACACUUUUUAAUUUGUGUCCCACGGUCUGUCUGUGUGUGUGUGCUAAUUUUUUAUUGUUUGCAUUGUUAUUAACUGGCGUGAUGGGUGACGACAAAGGGUGACUUUCAGUUUGCGGCCGCCGAUGGUUCUACUAUUUUUAACCCACCCGAUUUCACCAGUUGAAUCAGGGAUAAAGAGAGAGAGAGGGCGACAGAAGUCAGUAUCGUUUGUAGAGAGUUAGAUGUGUGUGUAUGUGUCAGUUACAGAAUCCGUUUUCAUCAUUUUUUUAUUAUUAUUUUGGUUUCAGAAGGCAAAAACAACGAAACACACAUCCCUUCAUGCUUCCGAUGCUUGAGCAAGAGAUACCACGGAAGGGGCGCUGGUACGGAAUGAUAGUUUUCCCAUGCCCUUCACCGGAUUUUGCUUAUCGGACCUUGUAAAAUGCUGGCGAUUGGGUUUGCCGGGAAGACGUUGUUCCGGCUGAACACCAUGCUCUUUUUUUUGCUAGCCCACAUGAACACUUAUCAGCGUCUGUGAGCACUCUGGUUCCAUCUCUGUCCCGGUCCCGGCAAGAGACAAGUGAUGCUGUAUUAUUUGAUCAUUUGCUUAUCGCGUCACGAUGGUAUUAAAUUUCCCGACACGUUUUGUUUUUUGUUGCUUUGCUCGUACUAAUGUGCUGCGAGGGAAAAAAUAGACACUCACACAUAAUAAUCAUCCCCUUUUCGGUCAGCAUGCAGUAGAAACGUAGGCGCGGGAGCCUUCUAACGAGAUAAGCAGGUACGGUGGUACGGUGGAGCCUGAUGAACUGUAACGUGCAGUAGUUACACGGGAAGGGGAGGAUAAAUUACAACCUACCGAUGCAUACAAACCCCUGCACACGCAACACGUUUGUGCAACGUCAUGUUUUGGCCGGAGCGCAGGAAGAAUGGGUCUCGGGAAGUGAUCAAAUAUUUGCGUCAUGUGUACCGUGUUGAGCCUGCUUGUUGACACAGUGAUAGGGGCCCGAUAGUGAUAGCCCGGUCACAGAGGAAAGUCACAGUGUGCCGCUCCAGCAGUGUGUGUCCACCAGCAGUAGGCGAGAGAGAGCUAUCUGUGGAAAGACCCCAAAACACGGCGCUCUCCAAGCAGCAAGGCGCCGCCCGGGUAUCAGUGCCGCAGUGAUCAUUGCUGGGUGUAGUAUUUUAUUGCCAUCGUUGUGUGUCUCUGUGUGUCUCGUACGUGUGUGCGUGUGUGUGCUUAAUUUUAGUGUGACUGCUCUUACCGGUUAAUGUGUGUGCCAAACGAUCGUAGUCAGUGUGCCGUGCCCGACCGUGCUAUGAAGCUGUUUGGAAAACGUUCAAUUACGCGGAAAAAUUCUUAACGUUUGUGCAAACCAACAAAAAAGAGAAGAAGAAGAAGAAGAAGAAAAUAGUACAAGUGAAAGUGUGAAAAGCCCGCCAAUACCAGGAUGGAAGCGAUCACAAGAAAGCUGCCCCCGAACCCGCGACAAAAUGCUAGCAUCCUGUCCGCGCUGACCUUCUGGUGGACGAUCGAUCUGUUCCGGAAAGGGUACAGCAAGGUGCUGGAGCUGCAGGAUCUGUUUCGCCCGCUAGAUGUCGAUCGGUCCGACGUGCUCGGCGAUCGGUUGGAAAAAAAAUGGUUCGAACAGCAGGCCGGCCCUGGCCGACCGUCGCUGGUGAAAGCGAUUUUCAAGACGUUCUGGCGCGAGUACGGUGUGCUAGGGUUCAUCACCAUUAUCAACGACAUCGUGAUCCGGCUGGCACAGCCCAUCUUUCUCGGCUGGCUGCUGAUGUACUUCCGGAAGGACACGGAGGUAACGCGCGAAAGCGCAUUCCUGUACGCCGGUGCGAUCGUGCUGCUGAACGCGCUGAGCGUGAUCACGAUCAAUCAGUACGUGCUGGGCAGCUUCCAGAACGGUAUGAAGGUGCGGAUUGCGGUGUGCAGCGUGAUCUACCGCAAAGCGCUUCGGCUGUCCCGCACGGCCCUGGGCGAUACGGCGCCGGGGAAGGUGGUGAACCUGCUGUCGAACGACGUGAACCGGUUCGACAUCGUGUCCGUCUUUCUGCACUCGAUGUGGUCGGCACCGCUGCUCGCCAUCAUCAUCGGGGUGCUGCUGUACCUCGAGAUCGGCGUCGCCGGGCUGAUCGGCAUGAUCGUGAUCUUCAUCGUGACGCCGAUCCAAUCGUACACGGGCAAGCUGACGAGCCGGUUCCGGCUGCAGACGGCGCUCCGGACGGACGAGCGCAUCCGGCUGAUGGACGAAAUCAUCUCCGGCAUCCAGGUGAUCAAGAUGUACGCCUGGGAGCGACCGUUCGCGAAGCUGAUCCGGCACGCGCGCCAGAUGGAGCUGAAGAUCGUGCGCAAAAGUGCGUACGUGCGCGGCCUGUACAUGACGUUUCUGCUGUUCACCACCCGGACCGCGCUGUUCUGCACGAUGAUGGCGAUGGCGCUGCUCGGGGACGAGCUGACGGCGGCCCGCGUCUUCGUGGUCGCGACGUACUUCCACAUCCUGGCGAACACGAUGUCGGCGAUGUUCGUGCGCGGCAUUGCGGAGAUUGCGGAGGCGAUGGUGGCGAUGCGCCGGCUGGAGCGCUUCCUCGAGUUUGAGGAGCGCGAAACGGAGGCGCUGCCGGACGGCAAGUCCCGCCUGCUGGCCGAGUUCGGGCUGAACGGCGACGCGACCGAGAAGCAGCGGCUGAUCGAAUCGGAAACGCAGCUCCCGCCCACGAUUGCCGUCUCGCUGAAGGGUGUUACCGCGCGGUGGGGUGCCGUCCGCCGGCAGGAAGACUUUCCGCGCAAGGCGGGUGCCAAGCAAGCGAACGGCAAGCUACAGCAGGACGGGCAGGGAGCGCCGGACGAACUGCCACCGGUAACGCUGUCCAACCUGAACAUUGACUUCCGCAAGGGACUGCUGAUCGGUGUGAUCGGGCCGGUCGGUUCGGGCAAAUCGUCCCUGCUGCAGGCGAUCCUGCGCGAGCUGCCGCUGGAGUCGGGCAGCGUGGUAGCGCAGGGCCGGUUCGCGUACGUCAGCCAGGAGCCGUGGGUGUUUUCCGGCACGGUGCGGCAGAACAUUCUGUUCGGGCAGCCGAUGGAGAAGGAGCGCUACGAGGCGGUCGUGCGGGCCUGUGCGCUGGUGACGGACUUUGAGCAGCUGCCCGACGGCGACCGGACGAUGAUUGGCGAGCGGGGGGCGGCCCUGUCCGGUGGGCAAAAGGCGCGCAUCAGCUUGGCCCGGGCGGUGUACCGGCGGGCGGACGUGUACCUGCUGGACGAUCCGCUCAGCGCGGUGGACGCGCACGUCGGGCGCCAUCUGUUCGAUCUGUGUCUGGGGCCGCAGGGACGGCUCGGGACGCUGCGGGCGACGCGCAUCCUCGUCACGCACCAGGUGCACUUCCUCAAGGAGGCGGACUGGGUGGUGGUGCUGAACGAGGGCCGGGUGCAGGCGCAGGGCACGCCGCACGAUCUGGUGCAGAGUGGGAUCGACUUUGUGGAGCUGGUCGAACGGAAGGAGGUUGAGGGCAGCGAGCUGGAGGGUGGUGGUGGUGGUGAUGGGGAUGGUUCGGUUGGAGGGGGCGAUCGGCGAAGCCGGCGGGAUUCGCGUGCUUCCGCCCGUUCGGGUGGUUCGUCCGUGCAUGCCGAUGUAAGCGAUGAGGAGGAGCGUGACCUGGCGGCCGACGCACCGGUCCAGAGCAACAUGGAGGGGACGUCCCGGGGGAAGGUGCAGGGUUCGCUGCUGCUGAGCUAUCUGGGCAGCGGGGCAAACGGGCUGAUAAUGUGCGGACUGUUGGCACUGUUUCUAGCGACGCAGCUCGCGGCGAGUGGGGCCGACUAUUGGGUUGCCUUCUGGACUUCACAGGAAGAGCAGCGACUGUUCCGAGCGGCACACAACUUGUCCGCCGGCCCGGAAGCGGCCACCGACGAGCUGCCGCCACUGCUCAGCACGGAAACCUGCAUGGCCAUCCAUGGUGCGCUGGUGGGCAGCAUCUUUCUCAUUGCCAUCACCAGAUCGAUCAGCUUCUAUCAGACCUCCGUGCGGGCGUCGCAAAACCUGCACGAUGCCAUGUUUGCCGGCUGCGUGUCCACCACGAUGCGCUUCUACGACACGAACCCGUCCGGUCGCAUCCUGAACCGCUUCUCCAAGGACAUGGGCUCGGUGGACGAGCUGCUGCCGAAAGCGAUGCUCGACGCGUCGCAAAUCAUUCUCAGCCUGUGCGGUACGCUGGUCGUGACGGUGCUCGUCAACCCACUGUUUCUCGUACCGCUAGCCCUGCUCGGCGUCGUGUUCUGGUUCGUGCGCCGGAUCUAUCUGAAAACGUCGAAAAACAUCAAGCGGCUGGAGGGCAUUACGCGCUCGCCCGUCUUCUCGCACCUGUCGGCGUCGCUGGCCGGGCUGCCGACGAUACGGGCGUUCGGUGCGCAGGGCGAGCUGAUCCGCGAGUUCGACGCCCAUCAGGACAUACACACGGCCUCGUUCUACAUGUUCAUCACCGCCAGCACGGCGUUCGGCUUUGCGCUCGAUCUGCUCUGUCUGAUCUUUGUGUUUAUCGUGGUGUUUAGCUUCCUGCUGGUCGAGCAGGACACGUUCGGCGAUCGGGUGGGGCUGGCGAUCACGCAAGCGAUGGCCCUGACCGGCAUGAUGCAGUGGGGCAUCCGGCAGAGUGCCGAGGUCGCUAACUUUAUGAUGUCGGUCGAGCGGCUGCUGGAGUACCGGGAUCUAGCACCCGAGCGGCAGCCGGAGCGUCCGCGCGCACUGAACGCGGGCUGGCCCGCGGAGGGUCGGAUCGAGUUCCGCAGCGUCACGUACCGGUACUUCGAGGGAGCGCAGGCCGUACUGCGCGAUCUGUCGUUUGAGAUACGGCCGCGCGAAAAGGUCGGCAUCGUGGGGCGCACCGGGGCGGGUAAAUCGUCCCUGAUUGGGGCGCUGUUCCGGCUGGCACAGGUCGAGGGCGAGAUACGGCUGGACGGGAUCGAUACGGCGGACAUCACGCUCGAGCAGCUCCGCUCGAAGGUGUCGAUCAUACCGCAGGAUCCGGUCCUGUUUUCGGGCACGCUGCGCCGCAAUCUCGACCCGUUCGAGGACUACCCGGACGCGGAGCUGUGGGGUGCGCUGGAGCAGGUGGAGCUGAAGGAGCUGGCCAACACGCCGGCCGGGCUGCAGAUGGCGGUGGCGGCCGGUGGUUCCAACUUUAGCGUCGGCCAGCGGCAGCUGAUCUGUCUCGCGCGUGCCAUUCUGCGCAACAACCGCAUCCUGGUGCUGGACGAAGCGACCGCCAAUGUUGAUCCAAACACGGAUCGGUUAAUACAGGAAACGAUACGGCACAAGUUUGCCGACUGUACCGUGCUGACGAUCGCCCACCGGCUCAACACGAUCAUGGACUCGGACCGGGUGCUAGUGAUGGAUGCGGGCCAGGCCGUCGAGCUCGGUACGCCGCACGAGCUGCUGCAGCUGCCGAUCAGCAUCUUCCGCGACAUGGUGCUCGCGACCGGGCCGGCCGAAUCGGAACGGCUGCAGCAGAUCGCACUGCACAAGCACGAACAGCAACAGCUGGCUGCGUCUGACUAAUUCUGUGCAUUCUGUGUGUAUAGGAAUAGGAGUUAAAAAGUGUCCUUAUUAGUGGGUGAAGCGCGUGCGUGUGCUACGUGAAUCUCUCGUGCGUACGAUGCGUGUACGCGGGCGGACGUUUGAGCGCGUAAGGAUACACCAACUGCCGACUGCUGUCACUACCACCACCCUUCGUUACAACCAGUGCGUGUGUGUGCGUGUGUCCAGUGUGUGAUAGGUGUCGUUUAGCGUACCGGAAAUGUCGAAAAUGGCGAGUACAAUUAUCGAAUGUAGUGGCGCAGGAAGGAAGGACGCGUGCCAAAAGGCGGCUACAUUUGCUUCCGGUUGUUUUUUUAACCAAGCCCCGUACAAUGUUACCCAUAUUAUUAGGUAGACGAAAGUGUAGGAUACAAAAGCCGAACAAACGUAGUUAUAUGCCUUACGAGUUAUGUACUAGAUAUGCAUACCGUUGUUUUAAUUGUAUAACUCUACCGUAGCGUGGUAAUAGGAACGAUAAAACAGUUGAAAAAUGUUACAA